AUGACAGCAGAGGAGUCCAAUCAGUCCCAGCAGGAGAAUCCUGAUCCGUUCAUUGAAGUUGUCUUGUCUCGAUCGUCCUAUCGAAUCGGCGAGUCCGUGGUUGGCACCAUUCGACUGGUGCCUUCUUCUCGUCAACAACAACAACAGCCACAAGACGUGUUCUCGGACAGCUACGUGUUUGUGGCUGGAUGGUGCCGAUUGGAUCCACGAUGGCACCGUCGUGCUUCCGAAUAUCUCAAGAAAUAUGAAUCACCGGCGGUUCAUGACGCGCUACAUAAUCGACACGGCAACGGAGGUGGUGUAGCGAUUGACAAGCAGUGUGUCUGUUUUUGGACCACCAAUGUGCUCCAGUUGCAGUCUUUGCAGGAACGAACCACGGGACGAUGGGAAAAUGUCAAGCCAAAACCGAUUCGGGGCAUGACGAAGAUUGGAAAUGAAGAAGCAGAAGCUGAUGAUCAUUCCAAUGCCAUGAACGGCACUGAAACCAACCACAAAACAGAAGAAAAUUUCAUACCACUAGAAGAACAACAGCUGGCGUUCUCCUUUCGAGUGGAUCUUCCCUUGAAUCUUCCCCACUCUGUCCGAGCCAACUCGUGUCGAUAUUUCUACGCCGUCAUGGUAGGAACCCGGGUCCGACUGUCCAGAAAUUAUCAGUGGUUACGACAUGCCGUUCCCAUUCAAGUCUUGUCACAGCGGCCGGAUCAUCCAUUAUUGGCGGCUCCGCCCAAAGCUUCUGGAAAAAGUCCCCCGACAGUCUACCCCAUGGGCGUUUGUGCGGCCAUGGCACAUUCGGCAGGAUUACCCUGUCACGUGACGGCCACCCAACUCUAUCAACCGCCCGGUCAGAUACUCGUCAAUCGACGGGGUACGUCCACCUUGGGGUCUCUGGUCAAGUCAUCAACAAGUCCUGUACAACAACAAGCUCUCCAAACCAUGCGGAUUACAGAUUUGACGGGGAUUCCUUGCUGCGUCUUGACCGUCAUGGGUGUCAGCACGGCCAGUCCAGGAUCUCGCAUGGUCUUGAAAUUUGAUUUUCCUACUCCAAGAAUGCAACAACAAUCAUCAUCAAAAUGGACUCCGUGCUAUCAAGUCAGUGCGUCGUUGGAGGGAGAGGAGUUAGCACUGUACGCGUCACUGGAUGGGACACAAAAGCGAGCACAAGCCUACCAAUUUGAUACGGCACAUGAACUAGUCGACCCAGAAUGCACCGAACGGGUGUGUCUAUCACUCCAAGUACCACUGGAUGCACCUACUACCGUCAGUACCGAUAUGGUUCGAAUUUCCGUGAAAUGCAUUAUUGACAUUACAGUGGCAAGUGGCAACAACAACAACACGAAAAAGAAAAAUAACGCCCCAACCUAUAGCAAUCUACGGCUGGAAUUGCCCGUUCGAAUGGUCGCGCCCAUGACGGAAUAUGAAAUUAUCUUGUCGGGAGAAGACGAGGAACAAGAUGAAGACGAUGCCUAUUUGAAAUUGCCAUUGGAUGAACUCAUUCUAGGACGAUCGUAUCGCACCGGCGCUGUGGAUUUUGAUCUUGAUGAUGAUUCACCGCCACUAAUCGCAACCGAUGCUCUGCGACAAACCAGCAGUCCCAGUCAUCCCAGCAGUUUUGCUACCAAAGGCAUUCAGCAAGACUUGACAAUACUGUCUCUGCGAAUGGCGGAGGACUGCCAGUUGAUAGCUAGAGAGUAG